GCCAUGGCACUCGUGGUUUACUGGUACGACUUCGUCUGCUUCGGCAUUGUAGGCGUCGCCAUGGUUUGGGCUCUGUUGGGCAUUUGGAAGAAGGAAGGAGCCUCGGAGAGAUUCGAAGACAGUACUGUGUACGAGAGCCUUCUGGUGACCCGUCCCGAUGCGGAGGUGUUCGUGAGUGCAUUGCCCAAGGGACAUGUUAGUACUUCGCAGCUCUGGACUAGUUGCUGGAAAGGGCUUCAUCCUGGUUGGCUCCUCGCCUUUCGGUUCGUCUCGUUUCUGGUCAUGGCUGGCUUUUUGGCUUGGGAUGUUUUGGCCUGGGAUGCUUCCAUCUUCAUUUACUACACCGAGUGGACUUUCACAUUGGUUAUGCUGUAUUUUGGGUUGGGGACCAUAGUGUCUGGUUACGGAUGGUGGUUGUCCUCAAACAAACCCGUCUCUGCAAAUGGGACAAGAGAUUUGGAAGAGAAUACUUAUAGGCAAAAUGGAAACAACAGAACCAUCAAAUUGCAAAGCCACUAUGCUCAGGAGGAGAUUCAACUCAGAGCAGGAUUUUGGGGAUAUCUCAUGCAAAUUGCAUUCCAGACUUGUGCAGGAGCAGUGGUCCUCACGGACGUUGUCUUUUGGUGUGUCAUCGUCCCAUUUUUAUCAACUUCUCACCUCGGCCUCAAUGUGUUGAUGGGCUGCAUGCAUACUUUGAAUGCGUUCUUUAUUCUUCUGGACACCAGUCUUAACAGCCUUCCAUUUCCUUGGUUUCGGCUCUCAUAUUUCGUUCUUUGGAGCUGCCUCUAUGUCAUCUUUCAAUGGGUCAUUCAUGCCCUUGGUUUCCCAUGGUGGCCAUAUCCGUUCCUCGAGCUCGAUACACCAUGGGCUACAUUGUGGUAUUUUUGUAUGGCCUUGAUUCACAUCCCUUGUUAUGGGAUUUUUGCGCUGAUUAUAAAAGCCAAGUACACAAUUUUCCCCAAAUUGUUUCCUCAUGCUUUCGUGAGGCCAUACUAGUUUAGAGUGUUCUCGAUCAGAGUACUGCAUAUUAUUGGGAGUGGUUUUAAUUUUGAUUGUUUUCUUGUGUAUAUAAAGAAGGCAAUGCUCCGAUCCAUGCCCCUUUGGAUAUUUGUGAUUCAUACUCUACGAUCGACAAUGUGUUUCAAAUUGUUGGAUCAAUGUUGUAGCUUUUGUUUCACUAUGAAGCUACACCCCAUAGCAUGGCUACUCUUGUUUAGAUUAUUUUUAAACUUAAGAGUUGUCUUUAUCGAUCAUGACUUGUAAUCUUCAUUUUUUUCUUGUGCUUCUCAUAAGAAACUUGGAAUCUCACAAACCAGUGAGGUUCCAAAUACAUAUGUCUAUAAGAACUUUAUCUAUAGAUUAACCACAUUGUCUCU